AUGGCAAAGGAGGAAAAGAGCAAGUUAAAACAAGCAAUAAAGAAACCUUUUUCGUGGCUUUCGAAAUCCGGACCUGCAAAUAAUAAAGCGGCAGAUCAGAGUAAGACGCUUCCUGUGCCUACCGUUGACAUACAACAAAGCCCCUCCGCCUCCGGGCUUUGGAACCCCCUAUUUGACCGCCUGCAACGAAGAGGUGUGAAGAUUAAUGUCGAUAAUAUUCAACCCCAAGACAAAUCUCACCUGCAUAGUAUGCUUCUCGAAAAAAUAGACAGCGGUAUGUCCGGUACGGAGCUCGGCACAUUCGUCGUCCAGCAGCUUCAGGGGAAAGAUCAGGGGCUAAGCAAUAUGUUCACCCAGAUGAUCCAUCACCAUUUUACUUACGUGGAAAUUGCUCUGGCAGCAAUGGAGCUUGUUGGCCUAGCGAACCGAGAAGACGAGUUUCCGGGACUACCUCGCGGGCCAAUUUUAGGUGGAGAACGCCGCUACUAUUCUCGCGGAUUCUCACCCCCAGCGGGCGGACGAUCAAACUCGGCCGGGAAGUCUUCAUCUCGUGGCCUAACCAUCAGUGAGAGGAGAGGAGUCGGCCGCGCACAUAUACACCUCGGUGGGCUCCGCAAUCCCAUGACUCGCCAAAGUACAGAGGUCGGUCACUCAAAAGUCAGGGUCCAGAUCAACAAAACAACCACCACCUCAUUCCGGGCACCGUCCUGGCCUCGCCAACUUAUGGAGGAUGCGGAAGCUGGCGAGGCGGCGCAGCAAAUCACAGUCGCUUCCGCCAUCCGUCAAGUGCAGCCAGAGACACACUGUGCGGAGGGCGAAGAAUACCCUCCUCUCCUGCAGCCAGCGACGAUGGAUCGAAUACUGCGAGGGUUGCCGAAUGAAGGGGCAGACAUAAGACCGCACCCACAUGAAGGCGAGUUCUAG